AUGUCUGGUGCGGACGAAUGUUCAGAGGAGGUGGAACCGCCGAUGUCCAUUUCGCUUCGGGUUGCCUUGUUGAGUGGCGAAGCCACAACGGUUGUCGUGGACCCUGCGUGCACCAUCCAACGACUGCGGUCCAAGGUUCAAAAAGAACUUGGCAUCCAUGAGUUGAUCACAGCCGAUGGUCAGCUCUUGAAAGGGACAUCCACUUUGCAAGACAUAGGCUUGCGAGAUGGAGAUACCGUUACUGCCACGGUCAGAUAUGCGAUGCUGGUGUCGGGAAGACUUUGCAGAGCGUUUGCCUUACUCCGUGGAGAUGGCUCCGUGGUUUCCUGGGGUGAAAAGGUUGCAUGCGGUCAAUACAGCAGCGUGGCUCAUGCCCAGCUUGAAGGCGUGCAGAAAAUUCGAUGCUCCAGUGGAGCCUUCGCGGCAGUCUUGAGUGAUGAUUCUGUCGUAACUUGGGGUGAUACUGCCUGUGGUGCUGAUAGCAACGCUGUUAUGGCACAGCUGCGCGACGUGAACGACAUGUCCGCUUCAGCGUUCGCCUUUGCAGCUAUCCGACAUGACGGUAGUGUGGUUACCUGGGGCGACCGACGUUUUGGCGGAGACAGCAGUUCAGUGCAAAAGCAGCUUGUGGAUGUCAAGCACAUCGCUGCCUCAGGUCGAGCGUUUGCUGCUAUUCGGGGAGACGGCGGCGCAGUUGCAUGGGGAAGUGAGGACUGCGGUGGAGAUUGCAGUGAAGUGCAAGAUCUUCUCCAGAACGUCGCACAGAUCCAUCAUACCUACUCAGCCUUCGCCGCGAUCCGGAGUGAUGGCAGUGUCGUCACAUGGGGUGACAAGCAUGGUGGUGGGGACAGUAGUGCCGUCCAGUCUCAGCUGAGGGAUGUGCGCAAAGUCCACGGCUCCAGCUAUGCUUUCGCUGCCAUUCGCGGUGAUGGAAGUGUGGUGACAUGGGGCUCCGCUGACUCGGGUGGUGACAGCUCCAGUGUGGAGGAUAAGCUGAAGAAUAUAAAGGAGAUCAAAGCCACGGACACAGCCUUUGCAGCUGUUCGAGAUGAUGGCACGGUCGUCACCUGGGGAGGCCGCCAUGGCUUCGGUCGAGGUGGCAACAGCUCAGCUGUGCAGACGCAGCUGCAGGAUGUUCAGAAACUUUCAGCUACGGAUGGAGCUUUUGCAGCAAUCCUUGGAGAUGGAAGUGUAGUCACCUGGGGAGAUGAGGACUAUGGAGGUGACUGCCAGGCGGUACGUGACCAGCUCUAUGAUGCUCGCGAUAUCCAAGGCUCCAACUCAGCCUUUGCGGUCAUCCGUGGCGAUGGCGGUGUGGUUACAUGGGGUGACAGGCAGGUUGGGGGUGACAGCAGCCCUGUUCAAGCCCAACUGCAAGACGUCCACUGCACUUCACUUCGCGUCUCCAAGUUCUCCACUGAGCGAGAUCCCGAAUCCUGUUAA